UCUGCUUGUGCAUCUACAUUUCUCCCCAGAAUGCGGAGUUUAUUCUCUAUAGCACUUGUGCUGCUGGUGGUGUUGAUGAUCUCCGUGGAAGCCAGUAUGAAGAAAAAAGAAAAGGGCAAAGAGCCCAAAGCAGAUGCCGAGUGCAGUGAAUGGCAGUAUGGGAAAUGCGUGCCCAACGGUGGCGACUGUGGGGCCGGCAUUCGGGAGGCGACCUGCAACGAACAGACAAAGAAAACCAAGUGCAAAGUCCCAUGCAACUGGAAGAAAGAUUUCGGUGCUGACUGCAAGUACAAGUUUGGUCGCUGGGCCGAAUGUGACACUACUACAGGAACCAGAAGCAGGUCUGGGACAUUGAAGAAGGCACUGUUCAACGCUGAAUGCCAGACCACCAUUAAAGUGUCCAAACCUUGCACCCCAAAGACCCCCAAACCCAAGGGAGGCGAGAAGAAGAAAGGAAAAGGGAAGGAAAACUAACUUGAAGACCAUCCCAACAACCCCAUUGCCCACUCAGUGGUACAUUCCUAUGUGACACUCCCAAAUUCUCCAAAAGGUGAAUGCUGAGAGAAAAAAAAAAAAC